CGUCGCCAGAUGCUCGCGUACGCGAGGCCCCCAAAUAGCCUCUUCCUUACCAAUCGGUUGUUUACCGUGCGGAACGUCCAGCCAGGCGUUCCAGGUUUGAGAUUGGAGCAUGUCUUGUUCGAUUCAAUGCAUUUUGCGGACCUUGGUAUCCUCGCCUACUUCAUGGCAGCGGUUUUGUGGUUGCUCGUUCGGCUGGGGUAUUUCCGCAAUUGCGUGGAUGCGGGCCGUGAUGAGGUGGGCGCUGCCAUGGGUGAUGCCUCGAAGCAGUUCCAGAUCGUGAGCGCCCGAUCGGGCGAAAGGCAUGACCCCGUCCAGCUGGGCGGCGUAAAGCCGUUGACAGUGGGCGAGGGCAUGGUUGAAUAUUGCGCGGUCAUGAAGUCGCAGCCCCGUAACAUGGAAGAGUUAGCGCUGCUACGGUUGCAAGCCGUGGUCGAUUGGGCCAUGAACGCAUGGAUUGCCACUGGCCACAGCUGCCAGAUGAAGUGGCAUGUCUUCGGCAAGCACAUUGUCGACCAGGCCCGUUGGGCUGGCAACCCUGCGCGGCCCCGCAAUUAUCGGGGCGAGUCCGAGAAUUUCGACACUCGGAAGAGGGCGGCCUCCAUCAAUCGGACCAAGUUCGCAGUCAACAGCUGGGUCACAUGGUACUUGUCGCACAUUCAGAAGCAGGCCGACAC